CAGCCAAUAACGAUUAGUUAUUCAAGGUAUCUAACCUAAACCGACUUCAAAAUAAUCUUGUACACAAAGCAGAAAGAAAUUGCAAAAAUGACUACAUCGAAAGAAUUAAACUUAGCCAGGAAGAGUCUCGUGACUUCGCUUGGCGAAAAUGCAAAAGCGUAUUUUGAGAAGAUGAAGCUGUGGUUCCAAAUGAAGACCACAAAGGAAGAAUUUGAUUGCGAAGCACGUAAUCUUAUGACAGAAGACCAAGUCCGUUUACAUAAUGAGUUCUUAUUGUGUCUCUUUAAUAAAGUUCGUGGAUUAGCCACUGUUACGCCAACCUAUAAGAUUGAUAGAGAUAAAAUCUCUAAGGAAAGAAGACUGAGAUUAAAACGCAAAUAUAAGACUGAUAAAUCAAACUUUGAGCCAGCUGAUAUGUACGUGGAAGUAUUGGGUCAAACUUCGUCGCCUGUCGGUGAUGAACCUAUAGGUGCCAAUCGUUCCAGCGCCCAAGAACUCGUAUUACCGGAUCGGACUUUUGUGCUCGCUCGAUUGAUGCUCGCGGCCUGGGAAAAUAAUAUGGACGGAGCUGAAGAGAAUACCGCGCAUAUUAUUAUAGCCGCGACACAAAUUUUCUUGAAAAAUAUACUCACUGCUGUUUUCACACGAAGAAAAGGAUACGCUGUUUGUGACGGUUCCUUUAUCUAUAAUAUAGGAGAACCAGUGCCCAGUUCAUGGAAAAAAAACUCCAUGUACAUAAAUCCAUUCUGUUCAGAGCCGACAGAGGUGAUGGAACCUUAUGGACAAAUUCCUGCAUCAAAACCCAACUUUGAAGAAGCUGAACAAGCCACUGCAUUUUCAUAUGCUUGUUCCACACAAAUUACUCGCCCACCAUUAAAACCAGUGAGCACAGCCGACUUACAGUAUGCAUUAAAGAUUUAUAAAAAUCUCGUUAGUAAUCACACUAUAUAUGCUACCAAUAUGGAGCGAUUGUAUACAUAUGCUACUCAUCCAACAUGGGAGGAUUUGGAAGCAAGGAAAUUAUUAUGUCAAUCUUCAACAUGAAGGACAGAUGUAUGUACAAAUGAUUUAAAUGUAUCUUCUAUAAAUAUUUUCUCUGUUUGUAUUAUAUAAUCUUCAAUUUUAUUAAGAUAAAAUUGUUCAAAAAUUAUUUGUUAUUACACCUAAUCUUAUUUUGUAAAUAUAAAAUAUAGUCUAGACAUAUCUGAGUCAAUUAAAAUGGGGAUAUACAAUAAAGUUUUACUUAAUAUCA